AUGACGACGGCUGCGGGUGGCCGGAUGCGUCCAGGAGCUAGAAGACGAGGCAGGAGGAGCUUUGGGGGUGAGCUCCUGAGCGACGACAAUGGCUUGGGCGCUGCUGCGCUGGUGCGAGGGGAGCUGCAGAUGCGGCGAGGACCGAACAGGGGAGGCGGCCGAGCUGAUUGGUGGUUGGAUGGAUCGGUGGUGAUUGGCCGAUGGAUGAAUUCAAGGAGAAGGAGAUGGUUGCAGGUGAUGUUUGGGGAUGAACCGAAUCCAACGGUAACGACUGCCCGGGUCGGGUCCGGGAUAGCUUUCGGACGCGCGCGCGAGGAGGGCCGCGGGCUGACGAGCGAGGUUAGAUUGGGCCUGGCGGAGGGAGCGCGUCCGCUCUUAUUAGGCCCCUCUGUUGAUCCGGCUGCCAAAAAGGGUAUCGAGGGAUCUAUUGGAUUUAAGCAUGGGAUUGAUGUGAACCCAUCUUCUGUUUCUACUCAAACAGGAGGAACACGAUCUGAUUUGAUGAUUCGAGUGUGCAGUUGUACUAGAAGGUCCUCGUCACUUCAUAAUCCUAAUACCAGAAAUAUUAUGAUGACCUGCAAAAGCUGUGGUGGCAAAUCAACAGUGGACAGAGGUGGGCCAUCGUGUAGCAGCAACCUUAACACCAGCGGCUUGGAGCUCCCCAGACCUAUAGAUCCUGAGGUGAGAUGGAAGACUGUAAACAGAAGGCAAAGAGCUGCAAGGAGAGCAAGGACCUUUUCUGGAGGAGACAGAUUGAAGGAUGAAAUUAGAUCUUUCUAUGCAUGUGGCAAUCCCAUGAGUCUAGAAGUGGCUCAAGAAGAGGAUUCAGCCUCUGAAUCUGAGAAGCUUGGGGUAUCUAUUCUUGGUCGGCGCUUUGGUGAUCCCAUGGAAAAUGUUCCAAUAAAAAAGAGAAGAGUUCAUAUGGAUUGUUCUCCAUCACCUCCAUCCACCCCACUGCUAGUGGAUCCUUAUGAAAAAAUACCGAGCAGAUCUGGUGGAGGCAUUUCAUCAUAUGGCGAGCAUCGCAAGGUUAAAACACUAGGAGGCAAGCACAUGGAAGAAAAGAGAGGACCUCUUGAAGCUGCUGAUUUUUCUGGUAUAUCAAUACUGGCUGCUGCUGCCUGUGAAAGUGAGAUGGAUGUUGCUAAGUUAAAUGGUGAAUGCUCGAAGUCAGCCUGCUCUCUUGAUGAAAGAAAGCCAGAAAUUAUCUCUGGCAGUUCACUGUUGGAUCCUCUACAUGAAAUUAAGGGGGAUAAGCUAAAUAUCCCAGACAGGGCCCUGAAAUUAUCUGAAACUGCUCCUGACAUGAGGCCUUUGUUUCCCACUACAUCAAAUAGCUCUGAGUCUGCUCCUGACAUGAAGCCCUUGUUCCCCACAACAUUAAAUGGUCCAGAGAAUCUUGUUGGAUUUGCAGCUGCUCUGGAGGGUAAUACUGCACUUCAUUCUUUGUUGAGCAAUGCAAACAAAACUGAUAUUUUUUCAUCUGUUUCUGAUGCUAAAUCUUCGGAUGUUACCAUGUUAACUAACUCAAGCAAUCCAGGCAAAUCAGUAGGCUGCUUUGGAGAUACAGUUGUGCACACCAAGCAUUCCAAUGCGGCUCAUGAUUCUAGACUGCACUGGGAUCUUAACAUUGCGAUGGAGGCGUGGGACACCCAUUGUGGUGAUGAUGAUAAUCAUGAUAUGGUUGGUCCUGAUCCUGUAGCUUCUGUAAGUGAUUGUAAUGAUGCUCAAAAGGAGAUGAACAAAUCACAGGUGUGUCGGGAUCUUUCUCAGUCAACAGUUGCUGAGGUCAUAGUUCGUCAUUCUGUUGAUAAAAUUCACGUGGCUGAUGCAGCAAAAGAUGGUAACACAAAGGGUGAAAGUGAUUUCUCAGGUGAUGGUUCAUUUCAUCCUUUGUGCAGUCGGUCUCCCCCGAAAGUUCAGCUAUUGGAAUCCGAAUGUUUAGAUGGAAAUGAUUCCUCUGCCGAAACAAACAAUUUGCUUGAUCUGCAGAAGAGUAGUUAUGUUUCUAAUGUGGCAUUGCAUAUCGGAUCUAAUCCAGACUUGAGUUCUCUGUCUCUUACUCAGGAACAUUUCGCAUUUGCUGCAAAUGUGGAGAAACUUGAUGUGUCACACAUUUCACCCCUUGAUUGUGAAGGUUUGUCUCACUUGACUUCUGAGGAUGCUCAUGCUGGAGGAACUAGUAAAAUUGAUCAGUCCGUCAAUGAGAAGGCUGAACAUGACACUGACGUAUUGUGCGUUGACAAGAAAGCUGGAGAUGCAGACAAUGAUUCAGACCUCCCUGAUUCUCAUCCAGAGGAUAACCUACGCACUUCUGAUUGCGUCAUGUCCUAUGCGCAUAUAGAGGGUGGUGUGGAUGCAACAAUCGAUUACAGAAAUCGUUUACUUGCUUGUGCCAACGCUACCAGUGCAGAAACAUGUUACAUCACCAGUGAUAUUCAUGCUCAUGGUCUCAAUUCAGAGUGCUCUAAACAAGCAGAUACUGACAUGGACAAUAUUGUGGAUUCAAAAUCUAGAGCACAAAGCCAACCAAGUGGUUACAAACAUGAUCUUCAGAAGGUCACAUCAAAUAAUUGCCUUGAACACUGCUAUCGGACAGACACGUCUCGUUUUAGCAAAGAUCUUUCUGUGACCGGAAAAGUUGACGUCGAGGAAGAUGAUUCUCAGUAUGAGGAUGGGGAACUUAGGGAAUCUGGUGACCGUUAUUGGGCCGAUGACAUUUAUGAAGAAGUUAAAUGUGCUAAUUAUCAGGUAUCAGAUUACAAGGAUGAAAAAGCUGCCCCAGACAUUCAUCAUGUACCUGUUGGCUCUGUUUCAAACAAUAUGGUUAUGCCAGUUGCUAAUUACAAUGGAACAUUAUCCAGGAAGGAAGAUUGUGAUGUUUCUCCUGUCUCAUUGAAGCGCUCAUGGUCAAGUAACUGCUUGGAUGGUGGAUCUGGAAUGAUGUGUGCUGCAAGUGCUCGGAGCAUUCAUGUGAAUAUGAAAAAUGAGACUCGAAUGUAUGACAACCUAGACCUUACAAUAGCUCGAUCUGCUGGGACCGUUAGCCAGUCUGAAAGGGGUGGUGAUGGCUUAGGUGAGGAUCCAUUGAAUAUCAGAUCAAAGCCCGUGGGAUGGGAUAUGUUGCCUGAAGAUCAGAGGCACUCUCGAGAAGAUUCAAGAGACAGAGUUGAUUCUUCUAACCUGUGUGUUUUAGGUACAUUAGAGGCAGCUGAAGCCUGUGAAUCAUUUCGACCAAUGGGAUUACCAAAUAGAGACGUGCAAUCACGACUUGAUCGGCUAAGAUCAUUUGACAGACCCCACAGAAAUGAGCACUGCAGAUCUGAUGAUGGCUAUGGUUCUGGCUCAAAAGCUGAAAGGUCUGUUGAUAGGCCACAUGGCAGGGGUGGAGCAUCUCGGCAUGUUCAAGCAAACAUCCGAGGGGAGCAGUGGGCUGAAAAUUCAAAUAGUUCUCGUUCUACCCAGCGAAGAUCACCUGAUUAUAAUAAUUAUGGCCCAGCUGGUCCAAGAAAUGCUGCUGAAGCUGCUGUUGCAAAGAUGGAGAGCAGUGGCUUUGUUGUUGCAGCUGAUGGCACUUUGGUAAGAGCUGUUGAUGCAGCAAAUACAAGUACCAUGUCUAGAAGGAUGAGAAACAAAAGUAGCUUCUAUCACCCUUUGUCUAGACGGUGUUCCCCAGUUGACAGAGUUGGAAGGGGUGGGUUGUCCAGAGAACCUGCACAUGCUAGGGAAGCACCUCCAGAACGAUGCUUUGGUGCUAGUGGCAACCGGUCUGGUCGAUAUGGUCCUCAGAUCGAUAAAGAUCAUGCCAUUGAUGAAAAUUUGAGUUCAGUUCAUAGCUCACUGUCUAAUAGACAACGGAGGUUCCCAGCGCAUAGAGCCUCACUCGACCUGUCACGUGCUCACAGCAGAUCUCCUUCAGGAUCUAGAUCUCGAUCACCACAUGCUUGGACAUCCAACGGAGGCUCAAGUAUACGGAGGCAUAGUAGAUCUCCUAAUUACAUGACUGAAGUUAGAAUUGGUAGAAUGACUUCACCUCAAAGACAACAUCGAUUCAAUGAUCGAGUUAUGCGUGGUAGUCCAUCAAUAAAUUCCACUUACUCUCAACAUGAUUCAACAUGGGUUGAAGGAAGGAGCUGCUCAACACUAGAUAUUUCUUAUCACAAGAAACGGUAUUCUCGGAGGAGCCCACCUCUGAGAAUCACCUCAAGAAAUGACAUGUUCGAUUUAAUGGAUUCCCAAGGACGGUCAAGAUCUCGAGAAUUCCACCGCCCACGUGACUUCAAAAGGGGAAAUAAGCAUGAUGGGAAUGGUGAUGAUAAAAGAUGUAAUGAUAGAUAUGGAACUGUCAAACCAUAUGAACAUAAUGGUGCUGUGAAGCAGUUCAGGAAUCAUGCUGGAGAUAAACUUCAUCCACACAUUUCUGCAUCCAGAUCACCUGAACCGCAAAGAGGAAGCCCUUGGCGAUUUUGA